GGUUCUGAAUUCAGCAAUUGACAAAUGUAUUUUACAAAGCCAUUUGUGCCAAACUUUUUGGCAUAAAUGGAACUCUAUUGUUUUUUUUUGUUUUUUGAAACAUUUUAUUAUACAUGAAACAACAAGAGGACGACUUGAAACGUAUACCUCAACAUAUACUAAUUCUUCUCAACAAGUAGGCAGUUAUUGCAGAUCAAGGAAAACGUAUAAUACAAAGCAAGCGCUGUGAUAUUUUGUUUUGUGCUACGUCACGUUAAACACAUAUUGUUCGAUCUUUCGAUUAUCUAAAUUCGACAGUGUUGCCAUAGUAACAUUAGUAUCGAGCGAUUGCUCUUUGCUCGAUUGGAUAGUCUGUUGUUACCAUGGCUUGGCAGGUUACCAUAGUAGUAUUAAACUGCGCGUGCGCUUUAGCCAUAUAGCGGUAUGGCGUUGAAAGCUGUCAACAUAACAUAGCAUAUUGUCGGAUUGAAAAGGAGAGCUGAGAAGAAGAUCAUUGAAGCGAUGUACCCUGUGAAGAAAAUAACAAAAGAAGAUACUUGGAAAUCUGAUGACUUAAAAGUACACAUUCAGGCACACAAUGAAGAGAGCAAAAGAAGAUCCAAACGAGAAGAGGAGCACAGGAAAUACAGGGAUGGAGAAUCUCUGGAUCGCAGACACAGGGACCAUGAUCGAGAUGCAAGGAGAGAGAAAGAAAAACUGAGAGAGAGAGAAAGCACACGAGAGAGAAGUAAACAUAGAGACCCUGACAGGGAUAGAAACCUGGAUAUCAAGAAGGAAGACAUCAGGGACGAUAGAUAUAAAGAGAGGAAGAGAGAACGAGAGAGAGAGAACAGACACAGAGAUGGAGGUGAAGAAGAAAAAAGACAUAUUCGAGGUGAAAAAGAAAACAGUGAAAGGCGGAGGGAUAGAGAAAAGGACAGCUAUAAAGAGAGGGACAUAGAUGUGUACAAUCAGGGGGACGGGAGUACAAACAGGGAAAGAGAAAAAGACCGAGAUAGAAGGAGAGCGGAGAGAGACAGGGAGCGAAAGAGUGAAGCAGAUAGAAAAAAAGAGGGGAGAAGAGAGGGAGAAAAAGAAGAAAGGGAGAGAGACAAAGAACGAGAUAGAGAGAGGAGAGAAAAACACAGAGCAAAAGAAAGUGAACAAAAUCGACAUGAAUAUGAGGAAAAACAGAGGGACAGAGAAAAGAGAGAGAGACGCAGUGAUAAAGAGCACUCUGGACACAAAGAACACAGAAGAGAUAGAGAAGACAGAGAGAAGAGAAGAAGGGAUAAAGAAAGCCAUGUGGCAAACACUAGUCACUCUGGAGAAGUGGAGCAGCAUGACCAGGAGUGGCAAGAGUCAAAGGAUUAUUUCCACAGCAUCAAAGAUGGGGAUAGGAAAAAGGCCAGGGAGAGGGAAGACAAAGAUGGACGGCGUGAAAAACGGCACAAGGAGCCUUCAGACUCCAAGAGGAGUGACCGAGAGUGGAAGCAUAAAGAUUCCUCAGGCCACAAUCCGAAUGAAAGGAUAAAUAGAGACAAAGAGGUGGAGAAUGAAGAAAAUGAAGAGGACAAACAAUCGAGCAAAGAUUAUCAUAAAGAUUAUGAGGAGGAUUUUGAGGAUUAUGAAGACGACUUUGAGGAUGUUGGUGAAGAGGAGGAUGAUAAUGAGGAGGAGGAGGAGAAUGAGGAACAUGAUGAAAAAGUGAGAGAAGACGAGAGAGAGUUGAGUCCCAAGAGAAGAGAAGAGAUUGAAGCCAUCCAAAGAGCCAUUGAUGAGGAAAAUGAGAGAAUAUACUCUGCAAGAUCAAAGCCUACAAAGUCAGCUGCCACCCAGAGAGAAAAGCACUCUGACAGAAGACAAACGCAUGGCAAAAUGAUCGAUUUUGUUUCAGCAAAGCAGAGAGAGAUCAGCCAGAAAGUGGUCAGGAAACAGAAGAAGCGCAGUGAAGAACUUCUGCGUCUGAUUGAUUUAGACUUCUCCAUCACCUUCUCUCUGCUGGACCUACCUCCUGUCAAUGAGUAUGACAUGUACAUCAAGAAUUUUGGAACAGCCAAUACAAAACAGGCUUAUGUGCAGUGCAAUGAAGACAACACUGAUCGAGAUAUACAAACAGAAGAAGUAGACUUGACAGACAAAUGGACGCAGCACCCACCAGAAGCAAAUGCAGCAUGUGGAGGUUCUAGGGCGUCGCGAGACACUACAGAUAAAUCCACUUCAAGAAUAACUGCUGAUUCUCAACGUCUGACUACUUUUAUACGUUCUGCUGCACAGGUAAUGGCUGUUUUAAUAGAGGAGAAUAUGGCAGAGAGUAAUUCAAUCAGAAGACUUCGCUCUCAAACAGACUCACUGUCCUUUAGUGAUGGCUGCAUUCAACUCAAUACCAAACUCCCCUUUCUUCAUGGUCGGCAGGUGAGUCUACUGCAGUUUUCUCACGUCCAGAGACAGACUCUUCUGUCUGUUCAUCCUCCUUCCUCCAAAAGCAGUGCUGUACGGCUUGACGGUGAGACAAUCAUCUGUGUUUGGAACAUCUGGGAACCAUCCAGACCCCAAAAAAUUCUUCUUUAUGAAUUUGAGGUGAGGUGUUGCUGUUUCAGUCCUGGUAAAGUUAAACUAGUGUUUGCUGGUACAGAAGUAGGCUCAGUAGUGGUAUGGGACCUCAGAGAACAUUCUGGUAGUCACUCGAACUUGGUAGUUGGCAAAGAGGUGUGGACACUGCGCUACCCAACCUUCUCAACAGAUGCUGUGCUUUCAGACGUGGGUCACCAAUCUCCCGUGGUGUCCAUUGAACCUGUACUGGCGGCUGCUGAUACAAAUUUAAAGAGCACACUGACUGCAAACAUAGAAGAGUCUCUGGGACUGUCAUUCCAGUUAGGAUCUCUUGAUGAAAAUGGAGUGUUAACUCUCUGGGUUGUGGUUGAGCUGCCAAAAGGAAAUGAUUCUGGUUCUCAAACAGACCUUGGUCUUAGGCCGGGUGGUAAAAUUAAACUACUCCACAGCUCCUCUCUACAGACAACUGAGAAACCUUCUCAAGAUGUUAUAAGGGGAUUUGGACCUCCUGUGGGCCUUCAGUUAAAGUUCCUUCCAUCUGACUCAAACCAUUACUUCAUUGGUACUAACAUGGGUUUGGUUAGACAUGGUACACGGCACAGCCUGAAAGUUCUUCCAAAGUUCUACAGAUCACAGUUUGAUAGCUGUAGACCAGUGGAGGUCACAGCACUUGACUUCAGUCCUUCUGGGGAACCCUUGUUCUUGGUUGGCUGCAGUGAUGGAACAGUCCGACUGCACUCUGUCCUGAGAGAAGAUCCGUUGAUGGAAUGGUCUGGAUGUUCUAGUGGCGCUUCCAUUCUGUCAGUGCAGUGGUCUCAGACACGGCCAGCUGUGUUCUGUGUUCUGGAUGCUGCCUCUGACCUUCACAUCUGGGACCUGACUGUGAAGGAUUUUGUGCCAGUUGUCACUGAGAAUCUACACAAUGACAGGGUGACAGCCAUGGCAGUGUUUGGUGAGCCAGCCAAACAGAACGCAUUUUCUGGCAUUGCGCUCGCCAAGCAGUCCGGCAAGCUGGAGAUUCAGUAUUUUAAGGAGUCACUUACAGUGCCUAGUGGAUAUGACAAAGAAAAACUUCAGUCUUUUUUGUACAAUGCUUUUUUAAUAUGAGAGAGAUUUUCAUCCAAAUCAAGCAAAGGUCUAUCUGAGCCCAGAUUCAAAUUAAUUUCCAGUUAAAUUUGUUAUAUGCAAAGGACACAAAAGAGAUAUUAGAAAGUCAUGCACAGACUGAGUGAAUUAUAUUUCCCUGUUACAUCAAUAAGGUACACAAUGCUAUGUUGAUGGUGGCUAUAGCAGCAUGAAAGGAAUGAGAAAUAUAUGUUUAUUACUUUUUUCAAAGUGACUACGCAUUUUGGUGUGUACAGAUAACAAAUGAACUUCCCUGGCUUAAAAUGUAUUACAUCUGAAACGUUGCUGAUGUUAGUACAUGAUGGUUUUGUUGCUGUAAGCAGCAUUUUGUAACCUUCAAACAAACAAAAGAGACCGCAUGAAUAUGAGCUUGCUGUUGCUCAGGGAUACAAAUACAUAUAUCCAUCUUAUCCAUUUUGUAUUAUUUUACAGUAAGUACAGAUGAAUAUUUAGAUUAGCAUUUGAACAGGAAUAUAUUUUUUAUUUAUGGUCCCACUACUUCACUAUACUGUAUCAUAUUAUUGUCAUACUGUAAUUAUUAAUUGAUAUUUUUAUUAAAAGACAUUUACAUUUAGA